AGAGAGAAGACCUGGGCAACCCCCAGACUGACUCAUACACCCAUGGGAGUUUGAAGUGACAGAAUAAAUCUACAGAGACGAGGCUCGGGAUAACAUUUCACAGAGCUGAGAGCAGACAGAGCUGCGCCUCAAGAGAGACUGGACUGACACACAUUGCAGCAGACGCACAGAACAUCCACAUAAAGAGAAGUAGUUGGAGUCAUUGUCAUGUUGGGGGUGUUGCUGAUCCUGCAUGCCAUCUCAGGCGCCCAUUCCCAUGGGCCGCCGGGUGGCGUUAAGCAGUGCCCGUCCGCGUGCCAAUGCGAGGAGGAUGGCAUCCUUAUGCUGGUGGACUGCUCCGAACAAGGAUUAUCCUCCAUGCCGAGUGACCUGAGUCCUUUAACAUCCUACCUGGAUCUCAGCAUGAACAACAUCAGUGAGAUUCAGCCCAAUGCCUUCCACAACCUGCACUUCCUCAGUGAACUGAGGCUUUCAGGCAACCACCUGAGACACAUCCCUGGCUCCGCGCUUCAAGGCCUCUACAAUCUUAAAGUCCUGAUGUUGCAGAAUAACCAGUUGGAGAGACUGCCCAGUGAAGACCCGUGGGAAUUACCGAAUUUGCUUUCUCUGCGUCUGGAUGCCAACCUGAUCAUGGACGUCCCUGCCAGGACCUUCUCGGGCAUGCGGUCCUUGCGGCACCUGUGGCUCGAUGACAACGCCCUGACGGAGAUCCCAGUGAGCGCGCUCAACGACCUCUCAUCGCUGCAGGCCAUGACCCUUGCCCUAAAUCGCAUCACCCAUAUCCCAGACUUCGCCUUUAAGAACCUCUCCAACCUGGUUGUGCUGCAUCUUCAUAACAACAUGAUCCAGACUCUUGGACAGAACAGCUUUGAGGGACUGCACAGCCUAGAGACUCUGGAACUGAAUUUCAACGACCUUCAAGAGUUCCCCAUGGCUAUUCGCACACUUGCCAAGCUUCAGGAACUGGGUUUCCACAACAACAACAUCAAGGCCAUUCCUGAGAGAGCGUUUGUCGGGAACCCACUUCUGCAGACCAUUCAUUUCUACGAGAAUCCCAUUCAGUUUGUUGGCAGAUCAGCAUUCCAGUUCUUGCCAAAGUUACACACGCUCUCUUUGAACGGAGCCACCGAGAUCCGACAGUUUCCAGAUUUGAAAGGAACCACCAGCCUGCAAAUUCUCACGCUGACCCGAGCUGGACUGACCGGCCUGCCACAUGAUCUCUGCCACCUGCUGCCUAAAUUAAGAGUUCUCGAGCUGUCUCAUAACGUCAUCGAAGAGCUGCCGAGCUUUUACCACUGCGCCUCUCUACAGGAGAUAGGCCUGCAGCACAAUCUGAUCAGACAGAUUGAGAUGAACACAUUCCAACAACUCAACUCUCUGCGCUCUCUGGAUCUCAGUUGGAACAGGAUUGAAAUCAUCCACCCUGAUGCCUUUUCCUCUCUGCAGUCUCUUGUUAAACUGGACCUGACCGGGAACAGGUUAAGCAGUCUGCCACUAGCCGGAUUAUCCAGCCUCACUCAUCUUAAGCUGAAGAACAACAUGGCCCUCUCUCGUUCUUUCAGAGAGGAGGACUUCCCCAACAUAAGGGUCAUUGAGAUGCCAUAUGCCUACCAGUGCUGUGUGUUUGGAGCCUGUAACAGCUACAGAACAGCCAGUCAAGGAGAAGAGCAGAUGGGUAGUGAUGAAGAAGACCUACAGAAGAAAGCCUUGUCUCUGUUCCCUAUUCACACGGAGAACAACUAUGACCUGGACCUGGAGGAAUUCCAGUUGGCUAUUGAGGAGUCCAAACUACAAGCCAGCAUACAGUGCACCCCUAUCCCAGGUCCAUUUAAGCCAUGUGACAACCUGUUUGAUAGUUGGGUGGUACGCCUUGGGAUGUGGCUCAUCUCUCUGGUCUCGCUGAUGGGCAACAGUUUUCUCCUCGUGACGGUGUUUGCCUCCCCCAGCUAUCUCUCACCCGUCAAGUUUAUUAUCGGCAGCAUCAGUAGCACCAACCUGCUGACUGGCCUGUGCACCGGUACCCUGGCGCUAGUCGACGCUCAGACAUUUGGCGAGUUCGCCCUGCACGGUGCUCAAUGGGAAAUGGGUGCCGGUUGCCAGGCAACAGGCUUCCUUUCAGUGCUGGCAGCUGAGGGCUCCAUACUCUUCCUCACCCUAGCCGCGGUACAGUGUAGCGUGUCGGUAUCUUGUGCCAGGGCCUAUGGAAAGUCGCCUUCACUGGGAAGUGUGCGAGCCGCAGCGGUAGCAUGUUUGGCACUUUCGCUGGCAGUUGCUGCUUUGCCCCUAAUAGGGGUUGGGGAGUAUGGGGCAACCCCGCUGUGCAUGCCGUCACCGCUGCCAGACGGAGAGCCGUCGACGCUUGGGUUCAUGGUUGCCUUGAUCAUGAUGAACUCCCUCUGCUUCUUGGUGAUCACUGGAACUUAUAUCAAAUUGUACUGGGACCUGAUGAAGGGUGACUUUGACAGCAUUUGGGAUUGCGCAAUGGUCAAGCACGUGGCCUGGCUUAUCUUCACCAACUGCCUGCUUUACUGCCCGGUGGCCUUCCUCACAUUCUCCUCCCUUCUGGGACUCUUUCCAGUGAUCGAGGAAGUUGUCAAAUCAGUCGUCCUGGUGCUUCUGCCUCUCCCGGCCAGCAUCAACCCUCUGCUCUACCUUCUCUUCAAUCCACACUUCCGUGAAGACGCACGUCUCCUCCUGAACCGAGCUCAUCUACGCCAUGACCGCAACCUGGAUUCCUUUGUGUCCGUUGACACGGAGAAGAGCUCGUAUGACUCCACUCAAGCCCUGGUGUCCUUUGCUACAGAAGCAGAUGCGGUGGCACCGACCCAAGAGACAGUCACUCCAUUUUCUUGCCCACCCUCAGUGCCUCUCAUCCCGUGCCUGCUGCAGAUGAACCCCUCAACAGAGAGGGAGAGCGCUGGAGAAAACACGGUCAGGUCUACAGCAGGACUCAAUGCAAGAGAGCAGGAAUUUCUUAGAAAAAGUGGCCUGGCCACUCAUAAUGGAAAGGUCUUCUCGAGAGUCUACCAUUCCCAGCUUCUCUCAUCUCAUUCUUAAGUCUUUUCCUGAGCUCUAAGGACUCUAUACGUGCGAGAAAUUUUGAGCCCAAGUAUGGACCUAUACGUGCGAGAAAUUUUGAGCCCAAGUAUGGACCUAGCCCUGUAACCAUUACAGCUAAUGAACAAUAAACAAGGUUGAAUUGGGGCAAUAUAUACCUGUACUUACAUGACAUUCUGAAAAAAUAAAACCUUUAAAGCUUAUUGUGGGCCAUAUAAUAAGUUAAGCAAAAAAACGACAAGCGCAAAAACAGCUUCAUCUUGUAUUUUUUUUAUCUUUGUUUGUGUACAGAAUAGAGAUGAAUCUUUAAGGGAUGUUCUGGGAUUAAUGUACAUUGAGCUUUAUUGACAGUGUGGCAUGCUGCGAAUUUCCACAAAAACUAAUUUGAACUUGUCCCUCAGUUUGUGAAAGCGUGUUCACAAUAAUACACUUACAACGGACCCUCAUAAGGCAAAGCAACUGAUGAAAACCUUUGAAUGAACACCCUUUUUAUAAGCAAUUUAAUCAAAAUGUCAAUUUUGCAUGGUACAUAAUAGCGAUGUGACACAACUAUCUAGUUUUUCACAUACAGGUGGACGUGCCAUUUUUAUUAUUGCCUGUGUUAACAGCAUGCCACUGAUGCUGUCAACUAGCUUUUUAGGACCUGUGGCAUUCCUUUAUUUCAGGUAAUACCACAGGUAUGUUUGCUGAUGUAGUGGGUGUUAUGUAUCUAAAUAUUUCAAUGUGAAAAAUGUUUCUACAAACUCACUUGUAUGUACUCAAACUUUUAUGCAUUCAUUUUCAAGUGUAUAUGUAUCAAAAUAAUCUUUGCAAUUCGUCAAUUACUCUGGUCUGCCCUUUGGUGAACAAAACGCAAAAACCUAACAUCCCCAUGGCAAGAGAGAAAUAUUAGCCAAAUAAUGAAAACUCCAUUAUUUAUUUACUCAUGCCAUUUUCUCAUUUUCAUAAUACAAAACUGUAGUGUUUUGUUAUCAAAACAGUUGAUUUUACUACUUGUGCAUUAUAUUCCGAAACAUCUUAAUUAUUGUAACCGAUAGUUACCUUCCAAUGUUUGUGCCUUUAAACUGGAUGUGUUGUUAUUCAGGAAGUGAGCUAUAAACCUGUCAACUAACAUGCACAGCAGAAUUCUCUUCAAACUCCUAUUUCAUGAAAACUGACCAUACGUAGUUUAUGCCUGUUAGUGCCCAUUAUAGGAUUACUGAGAAUAUGGCAGUGGCAUCGAUUUAUGUUGUAAAACCUCUUGCAAUGCAUGAAACAAUUUUCAGUGUUUUAUGCCCAAUAAUAUGUUUUCAGUGAGCAAUACUACAUAGACAUUGUGUUUUUACGUUAAGGCCCCAUGAUUAAGGAAGAGCAAUAAAAAUAUGUCACUACUAUAUAAAUGAAGAUAUUAAAAAAUUGAGUGAUUUGAUUUGGUUGUAAAAAAAAAAAGGGGUUCUUUUACAGAUUGUAAAGUAGGCUAGCUAUUGUAUUGUAAAAUAUAACUACCUCUGAUCUGGCAUGCUAUUACCUUUUUUCUCCUGAUUGAUUUCUAUUCCUUUUAUAUUAAUUGUAUAUUAAAAUGUAUUAUUUUAUAUUGGAUUUUAAAGAUCUUUGUACAACAGACACUAUUCUGGAUGUAAAUAUUUUCAUAUUUCUGUAUACAUGUGAUGAAAGAA